UGGAAACUCUGACACCUUUUAAAUUUGACAGCACUGGCGCUCGUAGAGCAAGAUAAGAAACCAAAAAAUGAAGAAAGCCGCGGGAUUUGUUAUUUUCAGGAGACUUUGUGGGGAAAUUCAGUAUCUAUUGCUGAAAGCUUCCUACGGAGACUUUCACUGGAGCUCCCCCAAAGGUCAUGUGGAUCCAGGCGAGGACGAUUUCACGACCGCUCUGCGGGAAACCAAAGAAGAAGCCGGCUAUGACGAAAAGGAUUUGAUUAUCUACAAGGACACUCCGCUAACACUGAACUAUCAGGUGAAGGGCAAACCCAAAAUUGUCAUCUACUGGCUGGCUGAGCUUCGAAAUCCUUGCCAGGAACCUAUUUUGUCGGAGGAGCACACUGCGCUUAAGUGGCUGCCCAAAGAAGAGGCCAAGGAGUGUGUGGGCUUCCAGGACAACCAAGUGAUGAUUGACAAGUUCCACGACAUGAUUUUGCAGCAAAAACAACCAGAGUGUAAUUAAAAAGAUGUAAACAUAAAAUAAGUUUUGGGCAACACUGAAGAUAAGAAAUAAAUACUGAAAUUAAUACCAAA